GAGCCAUUGACACACAUGUAACGCAAUUACAUAAAUGUUGAAAAUCCAGAGGAAAAAAUUAAACCGUCCAAUUAUGGGUUACAAUAAAUAUACGAAAACAAUUGCAAAACGUAUCAAUCCACUUUCUCUAAGGAAAACAAACACGAAGCACCAUCAUCGGCCCUAUAUAAACAAAGAGAAGCAACGAAAAAACUAAAAAAUAACAUCAAAAGCAAAAAUACACAAACAGAGGAUUUUUUCAUGAGUUCCAUCAAUCCGAAACAAAGUAUCAUGCAGACCCUUGAGGCCAUGCCUGAAGACAUGCGUCUUCUAAUAGUUUCGAAAGUAGGCCAAAACUCCCCCGUCGACUACUUCAAUACGGUUUUGACAUGCAGAAGCCUAAGCUUCCGUCCAGACAACCCCUCUGUUGCCAAAGAUCUCAACCUCUCGCCUUUUGUUAAGAAGCCAGUCCUAUCCAAUCAGUACGAAUCAUUAAUGGACGCCUACCUUAAAGCAGACAAUAUUGAUGCUCACUUUGUAAAAGGUAUGAUUCAAUUCUUCCAAUCUCAAAAUCAAGUCCUAGGUCUACAUCACAUCCACAUAGCAUCAAAGAGUGGUCACCUACAAGGAAGAUACAUUUUUGGUGUUCUCCUCAUGGCCAUCGGCGAGACAGACAAAGGAAUCAAAAUCAUCAACGACCUCACGGAAGAGAAAGGUAUUUCGUUGGUUGAGGAUUGA